UUCCCUUCAAGAAUAAAUUCACAAAUGUCAAUUAUACAUGGACUUGUAGCUCAUGAUACGACCAUUGUUGCAGAGUAUAAAAUAGACGAGACGAUCGAUAAUACAGCAGUCGUACAAGCGAUCCUUGAAAAGAUACCACCCAACAACUCCAAGCUAACUUAUGCCUAUGACAGAGGGUGGCAUUACUUAUUUGUGUAUGGCAGAUGAGUCCUUUGGUCGGCGUACACCUUUUAUUUUCUUGGAGAACAUGCAAUCGAGGCUUUUAUCCAACUAUUCACAAUCACAGAUUUUGGAUGCACCACCUUAUGGAUUACAUAGUUUUGGGAACAUGAUUGAAGAGUUGCUGGGUUACUACAACACACAUCAGGAAACGGAUAAGCUAAAGCGAGUACAGGGAGAGAUUCAUCAAGUAAAGGAUGUCAUGAGUCACAAUAUUGAACGCGUGCUGGAGAGAGGCGAAAGAAUAGACAUUUUGGUGGAUAGAACAGAUAAUUUAAAUCAACAGGCAUUUGCUUUUAAAAAAAGAAGUACUCUGUUAAAGCGCACGAUGUGGUGGAAGAAUACGAAAAUAGUCAUGUUGAUUACUGUCACUUGUGUCAUCAUUUUUCUUUUCAUUACCGUAUUUAUCUAUGGCAAAUCAUCGUCUUCAAAGGAAUAAAACAGGAGCUGACCCAAGACUUUAUUUCUUUCAAAAGCAAGGACAAAAAGUCUUGAAGGAAAGGUUUAAAACGCGAAUGACAGUAUAUGAUAUUAAAACACACGAAU